AUGAAGCUCUACGGCAUCUUCGUCGUGCGCAACGAAGCUAAACCAGCGCACGAAAUCGUCAAAGCAGUGGAUGUCAUGGACUUUGGCUGGAUGGCGCGCGGCCAAGUCGAAACAUUCAUGAGCUUCACAUCGAAUACCCUCGCUGAACGGACAGCUGCAGGUGUACGUCAGUCUGUUGUUGAAAACAGCUACAAAUUCCAUUUAUACAGUCGAACAGAAGGUGUCUGUGGUGUGAUUAUUGCUGAUGAAGAGUAUCCUGCGCGCGUUGCCUUCACACUCCUCAACAAGGUCUUGGAUGAGUUUCUAGAGCGUCAUCCACGAAGCAAGUGGGCUAUGGGACAACCAAAACUGCCUAUGCCAGAACUCAGCACAUACCUGGUCAAGUAUCAAGACCCAAAACAAGCCGAUACGAUUAUGCGCGUGCAGCAGGAACUCGAUGAGACUAAAAUCAUCCUGCACAAGACAAUUGACAGUGUCUUGCAGCGUGGUGAGAAGCUGGAGGACUUGGUGGCGCGCAGUGAUCAGUUGAGUGCACAGAGCAAGAUGUUUGCGCGGCAGGCGAAGAAAAACCAAUAG